AUGCUACUUUUGUCGUCGAGCGAUAGUGGUUAUAAUUCGCCUUGUACAGGCACGGAGCCUUCACCGUCAUUCGCAUCUCCGUGCUUUUCCAGCAUUGGUCUAAAAGCCAAGCGCAAACUCUGCUUUGGUCUUUCCACCCCUUUCACCGCUUCAUCUCGAGACGGAAAAAAUGAAUGUGACUUCAAUAUAUCACAAGAAAAGGGCCGCCGUUCCGAAGAAAUAGCCAGGCGACUCAUCCAUUACUGCGACGUUUUUGAUGACGAGUUCAACAAGGUUUCGGCAGAAAGACAGGAAUGUAUUUGGAUAAGAACCACCUACAACUACUUCUGUUCGUGGCUGUAA